GAUUUUGAGUCUUACCUUUUCGCUUGGAGAGAUUUCGACCUCAAAUAUUUGUCUGGUUAAGACUCCUCACACCUUCAAAAACUCUGUUUUUACAAUUUUCUUGCUCCAAAGCGUCUCUUUUCUUAAGCACCCAAUUCUCUCUCUCUCAGUUCAUGAAUCUUUGCCUACAAUAACAGAAUUCCCAUUUUUUGAAGACACCCUUUUGCGCUCUUCGGAUACUCUUUAUUGGGUAUCUGUUAUUUUCUUGAAUUACAGCCCCAAACACCAAAUAUUCCUGAUUUGGGGCUGUUUUAAGCUUCUGGAAAAGAAAAAAAAUGGUGGGAGCUUUAUCUGUGGUGGGCUCAUCUGUUGUGGAUUCACACACUAGUCCGUGUUUGUGUUUGGAUGCACUGCCUACAAGCACUAUGAAUCUCAAGCACAGUGGAGAGUUGGUUUUGCAGAGGAAUUCAAUGAAAAGAAAGCAACUAAAAAGGCCAGGGUCAUUGGAAUUAGGCAGUUCUUUUGUGGAUUCAUGGUAUGAUUGGAGACUCUCAACAAAAGCGAUUUCGGGUAUUGUUAAUAAGAGUAGAAGGAAGCAGAGAAAGGAUUGGAGACUUGUGGUUAAUGAAUUAGGAGGGCAAUAUGAAGAUAGUUUUGAGGAUGUGAAAAUGCAAAUACUCAACUAUUUCACAUACAAGGCUACUAGAACGGUUCUUAACCAGCUCUAUGAGAUGAAUCCCACGCAAUAUAGGUGGUUGUAUGAUUUUGUUGCAUCAAAUAAGCCAGCAGAUGGCAAACGUUUCAUCCGCUCCCUUGUGAAGGAGAAGCAGGACCUUGCUGAAAGAGUGAUGGUCACACGUCUCCACUUGUAUGGGAAAUGGGUUAAGAAAUGCAAUCAUGCCGAAAUAUAUCAAGAGAUCUCUGAUGAGAACCUGGAGUUGAUGCGUGAAAGGCUCAAAGAGACUAUUAUAUGGCCAUCAGAUGACUCAAACACGGAGAAGAUUGGUUGAAGAUGCUUUCUCUUUCAUUUUCUUUCUUUCUAGUUUAUAAUGUUAAUGUUGUUUGUAGUGUAGAUUAUACAUAUACAUUAUAUAUAUAUUCUUGGUUUAACACCAACUCGUUUGAUUCCAAAAACUCAGUUUUUGCUAUUCUUCACCUGAUAAUAACAAAUGUUAAAUAUAUUGUAUCCAAA